UCAGGACUUACCCAAAGAGCUGAUUAUCUCUCUCUCUCUCUCCCCUCUUCUUCUUCCUCACAUCACUGUGCGCUUCUCUCUCUCUCUCUAUAUUCUAUCCUUUCAAAAAUCUCCAAAACUUUCGAAAUUUCGCUCGCCCCUCUUCUCCGUCAGAGUUCCCAAUCGCCGUCUCUACCCAUUUCGGAAUUACUUUUCAGAUCAAAUGGUGGAUCGAUUCAGUGCGAUUGAUUUGCCUCAUUAGCAAUGGCUUCUGCUUCUUCCAUGUCCGUGUCUGUGGAAUGUGUGAACAUAUGCAAUCUAACGAAAGGAGACGGGAAUGUAAGAAGUGAUUGCAAUGCUCUCUCCUGUGCUUGGAAAGCUCCUAGAGCGUUAACUGGGUUUCUAGCUAGCACUGCUCAUCCGCCUGUGUGUUCUUUGUAUCUAUGUGGCAGAAGUGGAAGAAAGAGUAGAGUAAAAUCUUGCGCUUGGCAGAGUUAUGAAUAUGAAGUAGGUUUCUCUGAGGUUACUCACUUUGUAAAUGUGAGAAAAAUCUUGAGCUCCAGAUCAUCUUGUGGUGGUCAUAGAAGAUGUGAACUGUAUUGCUUAUCAUCUGAAUCUUCUGGUGCUUCCGACGAUGUUACCAUCGAAACAUUAUGGGAGGACCUUUUCCCAGCGAUAUCUUACUUAUCCUGUAAAGAAUUAGAGUAUGUUCAAAAGGGCCUCAAGUUAGCGUUUGAGGCACAUGAUGGUCAAAAGAGACGUAGUGGGGAACCAUUCAUUAUACAUCCAGUUGCAGUUGCUCGUAUCCUUGGGGAACUUGAAUUGGAUUGGGAGUCUAUUGUUGCUGGAUUACUUCAUGACACGGUCGAGGAUACAAAUUUUAUUACUUUCGAAAAGAUAGAAGCAGAGUUUGGUGCAACUGUUCGUCACAUAGUAGAAGGGGAGACUAAGGUGUCAAAACUGGGAAAGUUGAAGUGUAAAACCGAUACUGAAUCAAUACAAGAUGUUAAAGCAGAUGAUUUGCGGCAGAUGUUUCUGGCGAUGACAGACGAGGUCCGCGUCAUUAUUGUCAAGCUAGCUGACCGGUUGCAUAAUAUGAGAACUCUCUGCCACAUGCCUCCCCAUAAGCAGUCCAGCAUUGCAGCGGAGACUUUGCAAGUCUUUGCUCCUUUAGCGAAAUUGCUUGGAAUGUAUUCAAUAAAGUCUGAACUGGAAAAUCUGUCUUUCAUGUACGUAAGUGCUGAUGAUUACGAGAAAGUCACAAGCAGGAUCGCUAACCUCUACAAAGAGAAUGAGAAAGAACUCACUGAGGCAAACAGAAUUUUGGUGAAAAAGAUUGAAGAUGAUCAGUUUUUGGACCUUGUUACUGUGAACACUGACGUUCGAUCUGUCUGCAAGGAAACUUACAGCAUAUACAAAGCUGCACUCAAAUCAAAAGGAUCCAUUGAUGAUUACAACCAGAUUGCUCAGCAGUUACGGAUUGUUGUAAAGCCAAAACCUUCUGCGGGGGUCGGGCCUCUGUGCAGUCCACAACAGAUAUGCUAUCAUGUUCUAGGGCUAGUUCAUGAGAUCUGGAAACCUAUUCCUCGAACUAUGAAAGAUUACAUUGCGACACCAAAGCCUAAUGGAUACCAAAGCCUCCAUACUACUGUGAUUCCGUUCUUGUAUGAGAGUAUGUUUCGGCUGGAGAUUCAGAUCAGAACCGAGGAGAUGGACUUGAUAGCUGAAAGGGGAAUCGCUGUUUACUACAAUGGCAGAGCUCUUUCUGCUGAGUUAGCUGAAAAUCCGAUUCCUUUAGGUAGAAAGUCAAGGGGGAAGACAGGUUGCCUCAACAAUGCAGAUUUUGCACUUAGGUAUGAAGUUAGUUAUGACAGUUUCUUUUUCCAGAUCGGGUGGCUAAAUGCAAUUAGAGAAUGGCAAGAGGAGUUUGUGGGUAACAUGAGCUCUAGAGAAUUUGUGGAUACUAUUACGAGGGAUCUUUUAGGUAGUCGUGUGUUUGUAUUCACACCUAAAGGAGAGAUAAAGAACCUUCCUAAAGGGGCCACCGUUGUUGACUACGCUUAUCUGAUUCACACGGAGAUCGGAAACAAGAUGGUUGCAGCAAAGGUGAAUGGUAAUCUUGUUUCCCCAACGCACGUUCUUGAGAAUGCCGAGGUCGUGGAGAUACUCACCUACAACGCCCUCUCAAGCAAAUCUGCUUUCCAGAGACAUAAACAGUGGUUGCAACACGCCAAAACAAGGAGUGCAAGACACAAGAUUAUGAGGUUUCUAAGGGAGCAAGCUGCGCAAUGUGCUGCAGAAAUAACCCAGGAUCGAGUCAAUGACUUUGUGGCGGACUCUGACAGUGACGUGGAAGACCUCACGGAAGAUUCAAGAAAGAGCUUACAGUGGUGGGAGAAAAUUCUCGUUAAUGUUAAGCAGUUCCAGUCACAAGAGAAAAGCAGAAACGCAACACCGGCUUCUCAAAACGGUAGCGUUUGGGUCCCAAAGGUGAAUGGGAAACACAACAAAGCCGUCAAGAACUCGAGUCUGGAGAAUCCAGAGUUCUUCUCACCUGGAGAUGGAAUUGCCAAGAUUUUUCCUGCUAACAUCCCUGCGUACAAAGAAGUGCUGCCCGGUUUAGACAGCUGGCGAGCCAGUAAGAUCGACUCAUGGCAUCAUCUGGAAGGUCACUCCAUCGAGUGGUUAUGUGUUGUAUCCAUGGCUCGUAAAGGCAUAAUCGCAGAGGUUACAACAGUCCUUGCAGCUGAAGGCAUCACAGUAUGUUCUUGCGUGGCUGAGAUUGACAGAGGAAGAGGAUUAGCAGUAAUGUUGUUUCAAAUAGAAGCAUACACUGAAAGUUUGGUUAGCGUUUGCGUAAAGGUGGAUCUAAUCUCGGGUGUGUUGGGGUGGUCCAGUGGUUGCAGCUGGCCAAGAUCAGUAGAUAAUGCUCAAGUUCUUGAGUGUUAAAAGCCAAAGGGGUCAUGUUCUUGGCCAUGAAGUUUUGUCAUGUUCUCUGGAAAAGAUAAGCAAGGGUCUGGUUGCUCGAAGUAGAGGUAGAGAGAGCUCUUAUAAUAUUCUUGAAACAUAUCAUUUUGUUUUGCAAAGAAAAAACAAACUUAAAAAGAGUCAAAUUCUUUUUAGAUGUUUUUGUGUCCAAUAAAUCUUAAGUCAUUGUAUAUAGAGACCAGAGAGUGGGAUGAACAUACAAAUGUAAUAUGUAGAUACUCUUGUAAAACCUUAUACUUGCACAUAAGAGAAAGAUGGGAUGUAUUUCACAAAA